AUGGAUACCACCAGUAUUGAGGAUACGACGACGACGAUAGAGCUGCUACAGUCUAUGUAUUGCGGUGACGAUGAGUUUUCUUUUUGCACCCCACAAGAUCAAGAUGCGUACAACCGAUUGGUGAAGGCGAUGGAGGAUGGCGACAAUGACAAGCCAGCAGCAGCAGAAUCAAUACGAUUGCAACUCAAUUUACCCUUGUCAUCGGAUCAAGAGGAUAUCUCAAACUGGAGGCUUACAGUGACCUGCCGGUUCUCUUCCGAUUUUGAUAUUGCUGUGGCGUCGUCUCAUAAUAGUUGGCUUUCUCGUGAUGCUCAUCAAGCGCUUACUCGAUCAUUGCAGGAAUUUGAGUGUGAUGCGGAUGAUCAGCCGACUCGAGUGCUCGAUAGUAUCCAAUUUCUUCAAUCCGAAGCUGAACAAGCUGCUGUCAAAGCGUAUUUGGAACAACAAAACAAUGCCAAAAGCAAUGAUAAAGAGAGUGGCCCAGUGACAUUUCUCAGAGAAUGGAUUUGGUUUCCUAUGAUUUAUACCAGAGAAAAGAGAGGACAUAUUAUUGAUUGGGCACCAGGAUAUGGAGUCACUGGGUUUCUAUGUCCGGGAAAACCAGGUGCAUUAUGCAUGGAGGGCAUUGACAAGAACGUGCAACGCUUUAUCAAUGACAUUAAGACCGUUUCUUGGUCUGACAUCCCAGCAUCGCAUCGUAAAAUGAGUACCAAAUGGCAGGAACGACAUCAUUGUGAUUCCAUACACGACUUGAAUCGACAUCGCAAAUUUCCGGAUAUGACCGAGAUUACAUUUGAUUUGCAUGGUGCUUUUGGAAACCAUAACGACUUGGGAAUGCUGCAACAAUGGCUUAAGGAUAAGGAUUGUCCAGAUGCAUUUGACCAUUUAUUUGACCAUGAUUCAUAA